UUCGCGAGGAGUACGGGAGGAUUCGAGGAGGGGUGGUGGGGGGGGAGAGACCGCCGUUGUUGUGUGGCCGCAGAUGACACGCAGAAGAAAGUGUGUGGGCGGAUGAGGAAGUUCAGAGCUCGGAUUGAUGGUUACACACCUACUGUAUACUGGCACUUUAUCGCAGCAGCGAGCAGCAGCACAAGUCGGGAUCUCCAGUCACUAAUUCCUGUGAUCAGAGGGUGAUCCGCGCAUGGGAAAAUGACAAUCAAGUUUGUGGUCAUCCUCUUCACACUUCUGCUCGUUCAAGGUGCUCGUUCUGAUCUACUGGAAUAUGGCGACGACGAUGAAGAUCACCAUGAUACCACUGUCAAUCAAAUGCUGGUCCCCAGGUCGCACCAGGAGGAUGCCACACUUAUACUGAACAACCUGCUCAAGGAAUAUGACAAGACGCUUCGGCCAGACAUAGGAGUGAAACCAACAGUCAUCGAUGUGGGCAUAUAUGUCAACAGCAUCGGGCCUGUGUCAUCCAUCGAUAUGGAGUACCAGAUCGAUAUUAUCUUUGCCCAGACUUGGGUGGACACCCGUCUGCAGUACAACAGCAGCAGCAUGCGGAUUCUAACCCUUAACAGCAAUAUGGUCGGCUUGAUCUGGCUGCCCGACACCAUCUUUAGGAAUUCCAAGACUGCCGACUCUCACUGGAUAACGACGCCCAAUCAGCUGCUCCGGAUAUGGAACAACGGAAAAAUACUCUACACACUGAGGAUGACCAUCAACGCAGAAUGCCAGCUGCAACUCCAUAAUUUCCCAAUGGACGAACACUCCUGUCCUCUCGUCUUCUCCAGCUACGGCUACCCACGGGACGAGAUUGUGUACAAGUGGAAGCGAAACUCAGUGGAAACUUCAGACCAGAAAUACUGGAGGCUUUACCAGUUUGAUUUCAUGGGGCUCAGAAACACCACAGAUGUGCUCACAACGACAGCAGGUGACUAUGUGUUGAUGACAGUGUACUUUGACCUCAGCAGAAGGAUGGGCUACUUCACUAUUCAGACAUACAUCCCCUGUAUCCUGACUGUGGUCCUGUCAUGGGUCUCCUUCUGGAUCAAGAGUGAUGCUACGCCUGCAAGGACAGCCCUAGGUAUCACCACAGUGCUGACCAUGACAACCCUGAGCACAGUGGCCAGAAACUCGCUGCCCAGAGUGUCCUACGUGACAGCCAUGGACCUGUUCGUCACUGUCUGCUUCCUGUUCGUCUUCGCUGCCAUGAUCGAGUACGCAAUGCUCAACUACUACUCCUACAGUAUACGCAGACCUCCUGCCAAGACGCAGCGAAUGGCCUACUCAUCUUUCAACAUGGGUCGCAACCCUCGGUCCAUGAUGCCCAUGGGCAACUCCCUCUUUUGGCACGACUACGACGACAACUGCCUGUAUGAGUGCCUGGACGGAAAGGACUGCAAGAGCUUCUUCUGCUGCUACGAGGAGUGUAAAGAAGGCGGCUGGAAGAAAGGACGGAUCCACGUCAACAUCCGCGAGCUGGAUUCCUACUCUCGGGUUUUUUUCCCCACGUCCUUCUUGCUCUUUAACAUCGUCUACUGGGUCAGCUACCUCUACCUCUAGUCAGUCACGGGCCGUGAUCCGUGGGCCCCAGCUGAAACAGCCACAGUCCCUGCCACUUUGCACCGCGGCUCAUGAUUAGAGUUCAAAACUAAGCGUGGAAGAGGAAAUGAGGUGGAUCCACUCUGUGGAAGCGUGAAAGACAUGCUGCCUCUGGAGUGGUAUGACUGAAGACUAUGUGUGUGCUUUUGUGCACAGUGUAAAGGCCAUGAUACUUUGAGCUGUGGCACUCCAAGGAGAAUAAAAUGCUCAGCAGUAGAACAACAGACGCGUCAGCAUUAUCUUGAAUGGAUAGGUCCCGUUUAUGACUCUCAGAAACCAAACAACAGACUGCUAUGACUUAAGAGACGUUCGGGAACGGGGGUUGCAUUGCUGAAUCUUGGUCGUUGAGAUGGCGAAGCACCCAUAGUGCCUUCUUUAGAAAGGGUGCGGCACCGAGAGACGUGGCUUCAGAGUUCCCUCCAUUAUCUUUAUUACCUCAUCCAUCACACCGCCGCAUGCUGAGCUGUUUAUUCUUUGAUGAAACAAACCCAGAACACAGUUCUCACUACUGGAGAUGUUUAAAACUAACACUCACCAUUCAUUUUGUAGCACAUUAGUUUUAGUUGUGCCCUAGAAUUAGUUCUCCUUUCUAAUAAUAGUAAAGUUUUCUUAUUCUUAUUCCUCUUAUUAUUAGAAUUAGUUGUAUUUUCCCAGCAAGUCAAUUAGCUCACACAUCAGUUGUUAAUUGUUAAAUAUGAGUUAGUGUCAGGGGCAGUGGUUGUCUGGUAAAAUCUUGUUUAUUAAGUCAGUGAGCUUUUGUUCAUGAUGCUUUAUGACCAGGCGAUGCAGUUUACAGUAGAUGCCAAGAAGAUUUGGGUAUUUUUAAUGAAUGCUGGGUAACACUCUUACACACCAAAUAUAUAGGAACUGCAUAUAUACAUACCAAUGUAAUACUAAACAUGCUAAUCUCAUCCCCAGGCAUAUUACGUAUGUUACAGUGCACAAAUAAACAGAUUAGGGUUAGAGCAAAGCUGGUUACUGCCUGACAACAGCUAUAACAAAACAACUUCACAUUUUAUUUUACACAUUUUUAUUCGUAUAGAUUUUUGUUUUAUUAUUUACUGGGCCUGUGGAUUCAAGGCUAAACGGAAAAGUUUGACAUUUUGGGAAAUGCACUUGAGAAUGUAAAUUCGAAAAUAGGUCUUUAUUUACAUUAGCGAUAGGCUGUCUUUUUUAGGACAGACUUGUAUUAGAGACACGCUUUUAUUUGUAAUUCCCCCUGUUCCCCAGUUAAUGCAAACUCAGAACCUCGUAAAGUCCAUUCCCACUGCACUAACUCCAUCAGUACAGUACAAGUCAUGUCAGCUGUCCCAAUUUGUCUGUUUAGCAAACAAUAUUCAUUCAAUCAUGCUGCCAUGAAUGAAACUUAUUACUUCCUUCAGAAUUUUCACAUUAAAAGUCAUGCAGCCUACCAAUAAAAGGAUGUAGAUCUUACAGGUAGAAAAAAAUGACAGGAAGUGUUGAGUUGAUGGCAACUUAACAUUGAUCCGGACAGCUUUCCUGUUUUCUGUUAAAAUAGGAAACUCAAAGCUGUAAGACAAGCAAAACGUCACUCCAUUUUUGUACUAAUGAGUUAGUGCUGUGGGAAUGUACAUUAUACAGAAUUUACCAUUUAGGAGUUAUAUGCCGAGUACCAGCAACUUUUGCUGUUUGUGUAGUAACUAGACUUGGCCAAGAAAUGAGUUAGUUUGUUAGUUAGUUAACUCCUAAAACAGCAAUUUGUCCUCUUUACAAAUGUUUGUACAGAUUAAACAAGAUAUAAUGUGUUAAUUAGCUUUAGAGAUGCUAGUAGGUGAACUCUGUUACUCACUGUAUGAACAGAGUCAUACUAGUUGUUUCCAGUAUGCUAAGCCAAUCCUGCUGCUGGUUGUAGCUUCAUAUUUACUGUAAAGACAUGAGAAUAGUAUCAAUCUAAGCAAAUAAGUAAAUUUCCCAUAAUCUCAAGCUAUUCCUUUAAGGUUUUAGUAAUCUUGAAUAAAUUUCAUCAGCAGUGAUUUCAGUGGAGAGUUUCAGCUGCACAUGAUGUAAUGCUGAGAAAACACAAAAUAAUUGUUUUGGCAUGAAAAUGGCUCAGUAUAAAUAUGUUGGAUAUUGGUAUAAACGAGCUGCAGAAACAUUAGUUUUGGCCACAAGCCACUUGAACCCAAGAGCACAUACAAACAUACUGUACAUGGCCUAUUCAUUUUGCAUUAGAGUCAUUCCAUCCAGCUUCAUAGUAGAGCUUGAGUACAUAAAAUUGGAGUCUUGAUGAAAGCUUAAAUUUUUUUCCUGAUUAAAAAUGGAAGGAAUAUCUGAUGUCCUGCCAUAAGCAGGACCUAAAGGCACAUCCUCUUGUGCUCAGCUGGCAAUGAUCACAGGUGCUGUAAAAUAGGUUCUAUAUAUUGUGAUACUCAUACAUACACUCACAUACUGUACACGGCGUGGUGUUAAAAAAUGGAUGAUUCAGGAUGGUUGAUGAUGACUCUUGAUGGAGUCCCACAUCCCCUCCGCAAACAUGUAAAAUUGAUGCCAUAUAUGGAGGCACAUGGACACAUGUCCCCCCCCCCAAAAAAAAAACACACACACACACGCGCACACACACACACACAGGGAUAGAUGGUACCGAUGGCAGUUGAAAUAUUUUGGUUUUGUUUACUGUUAUCUGGUGUUUUUUGCAGUUGUUUGGCUUUGUAGAACAAUCAACCCCCUCCCCCCUUUUCUCCCUCUCCCCCCACCCCCA